GUGAGUGAGAAGAGUAAUAAAAGCAAGCAAAAGCUAAAAGGAAGUUCUUGAGCCAAAUGUCAACUGCUUCCAUUAACAGUUGCCUUACUAUCUCCCCUGCUCAAGCUUCCCUUAAGAAACCAACUCGUCCUGUUGCUUUUGCUAGGGUUAGCAACUCUUCUUCUUCUCCUUCUGUUCCCAGUCUCAUCAGAAACGAGCCCGUCUUCGCCGCCCCUACUCCCAUCAUCAACCCCAUUUUGAGAGAAGAAAUGGCUAACGAAUCCUACGAGCAGGCCAUUGCUGCACUCGAGAAACUCCUCAGCGAGAAAGGAGAACUUGGACCAAUUGCUGCAGCAAGAGUUGACCAGAUUACAGCUGAAUUGCAAUCAUCAGAUGGCAGCAAACCAUUCGACCCUGUUGAGCACAUGAAAGCUGGCUUUAUUCACUUCAAAACUGAGAAAUAUGAGAAAAACCCAGCCUUAUAUGGAGAACUAUCAAAAGGCCAGAGCCCCAAGUACAUGGUCUUUGCCUGCUCUGACUCACGAGUGUGCCCAUCCCAUAUCCUGAACUUCCAACCUGGUGAAGCUUUCGUGGUUCGGAACAUCGCCAACAUGGUCCCUGCUUAUGACAAGACCAGAUACUCUGGAGUUGGAGCAGCUAUCGAAUACGCUGUUCUCCACCUUAAGGUAGAGAACAUUGUUGUCAUUGGCCACAGCGCCUGUGGAGGUAUCAAAGGUCUCAUGUCUCUACCUGCAGAUGGUUCUGAAUCAACUGCCUUUAUUGAGGAUUGGGUGAAAAUUGGUUUACCUGCCAAGGCCAAGGUGCAGGGUGAACACGUGGAUAAAUGUUUUGCAGAUCAAUGCACAGCUUGUGAGAAGGAAGCUGUGAAUGUGUCACUUGGAAAUUUGUUGACCUAUCCAUUUGUGAGAGACGGUUUGGUGAAGAAAACACUAGCAUUGAAGGGAGGUCACUAUGAUUUUGUGAAUGGAGGAUUUGAGCUGUGGGGACUUGAGUUCGGUCUUUCUCCUUCUCUUUCCGUAAAAGAUGUGGCCAGUAUACUGCACUGGAAGCUCCUGUAGGGACGUGCUUAGAGAUAAAGAAGUCAACCAGCAACGAGAGGCCUCCCAAAUUUAAUCUGUUACCAGACCCAAUUCUUGCUCAUGUAAACCCAAAAUUUGGCCAUAAUAAAUCUACGCGAACUCCUUUCCACUA